UGUAUAUAUAGCUGCUGUGAGCGGCAGAGUUCUCCUGGCAGCCAACAUGAAGGGUCUAGUCUCGUUCUGCUGCUUCCUCGCUGUGCUGGUCCUGGGGACAGCAGAACCAGCAUCUGAAGAGGUCGGAAGCCACCCAGAGAGCUACGAUGAGCCACUGGUCCGACUGCAAUUACAGCACAAUGGGGGCGACCUCCUUACGUGUAUGUGCAACGGAGACAACACCCCCCCUUUCAACGGCAUCAAAAAAACUAUAGAAAGUACACAAGCUGAGGAGGACAUAGUCCCGAAACCUGACAUGGUAUCAGCCCUGGAAGGGGAAUAUGGGGAAGAGAACGAGAAGAACGAAGAGCUGAACGGUGCAGAGGAUGGAGAGCAUAAUGCCUCAGAACAAGACAGCACAGAGGCUGCAGAACAGAACCCUUCAGAAGAGGAGGAGGAAGACUUGCAGGAUGAAGAAUCAAAUGCCUCGGAGGAGCAGGAUGAGGAAGAGAAUGCAGAGAAGAACACCUCUGAAGAAGAAGAAGAAGAAGAAGAAGAAGAAGAAGAAGAAGAAGAAGAAGAAGAAGAAGAAGAAGAAGAAGAAGAAGAAGAAGAAGAAGAACCAAAGAUGCCGGACGAAGAAAUAGUUGAAGAAUCAAAUUCCUCGGGGAAUAAUGUAGAGGCUGCAGAUCAGGAAACACCAGAAGCAGAAGAAGAUGAAGAAGAAAAGGGUGAAGAAUCAACUACAUCCACAGGAGAAGAUGCAGACUUAGAGUCUCAUGAACAGAGUGCAUCAGUAGAAGAAAAUGGAGAGGAGGCUGGAAGAGAGUCCACGUCAGAGGAAGAAGAAAAGGAUGCCUCAGAAGAAGACACAGAUAGUCGUGAAUCUGAAGAAGAAAAGCCUGAUGUAGGCGAGGCGUAUUCAACUGCAGAGGUAAUGGAAGUUGGAGAGAAUCUUGUAGAGGGCGAAGGGGAUAACACCGUUGAUGCCUCCCUUGAGUCUGAGGAGCAAAGCAAUGAGCGUGAAGUUCUAAACCGGGAAGAUGAGACUGAGUCAGAAGGAGAAGAUGAAAAACAAGGUGAAGUCGGUCAAGCUUCAGAUGAAGCAGAAGACCCAUUAGGUGAUGAUCCUGAUGCUGACAGGAGCACCCAUGAUCAUGUACACUUGGGAAAAACACCAGAAGACAACCAAGAAUCGACAGGAGAGCAAGAUGAGGAUAAUGUGCAGGAUUCCUCUCAGCAGGCUGCUUCAGACCAGGUGGAACUCCAGGAGACAGAGACAAAAAAUGAUGCCUCUGAUUCUAAGGGUGACACCAGCCAAGAAGAUGAUGAGAGUGAAGAGAAUCUGGAACCUGCAGAAGACGUAGAGACUCAGGAGGAGGCUGAGGAAGGACAAGUGGUUGAGAAAGAAAGGGAGGAAGAAUGGCAAGAUUUUGCUCCAGAAGACAAAAGUGAUUCUGUGGAAGAGGAGAAGGAGGGAGAAGACGGAUCUCAAGAGUCUGAGGAGGACAAUCCUGAGGCAGCUGAUGAAAGAGACAGUAAAGAUUUGUCUGAUCAAACUGAAAGUCCUGAUGAUAAAGAAAUGUCUGAUUUGCAAGAUGUCAGUCUUGAAGAAGAAGAGGAGGAAGCUAACAGUGAAACAUCUAGUGCAGAAAGCAUUGAAACAGAAGAAGAUGCCACAAGAUCUCAGGAGGAGAAAGAAUCUGAUGAGCUGGGUCAGGAAGGAGGUCAGGGAUCAGUGGGAAAGACAGAUCCAGAAGACAGUGAAACCUCAACCUCUGAUCAACCAGAGACAGAAGAAUCUGCUGAGGAAAAACACGAGGAGGGAGAGAAAGGCAGCGGGGAGGGCCCUCAAGAUGCUGAUGUCAAACCAGAACCUGGAGAUGCCAUCGUGUCUGAGGACCAUUCAGCAACACAGAGAAAAAAAUCUAAAAUACCCAAGUCAAGGGUAACAAGAGAAGAUGAGGAUGAAUUGUUGGCCUCUCUCCUUAGAGACAGGUCUCACAUUGAAGAGACACUCAGGCUGAAAGAGGACACCAAGUCAGAUGAUUACUCGGCCGCACUCCAGCGUCUACGAAAGAUCUACCACUCGGCUAUCAAACCUAUGGAGCAGGCCUACAGGUACAACGAGCUGAGGCAGCACGAGAUCUCAGCCUACCCUGGACGAACGUUAGGUGCCUCAGCGACAGAUGGGGAGAUCACCUCCAAACCUAUGGUGCUGUUUCUGGGACCAUGGAGCGUUGGCAAGUCCUCAAUGAUAAACUACCUCCUGGGGCUGCAUGACACUCCUUACCAGCUGUACACAGGGGCUGAGCCCACGACUUCCGAGUUCACAGUGAUCAUGCAUGGUGAGAAGAUUCGCUCCAUCGAGGGCAUCGUCAUGGCAGCCGACAGUUCCCGCUCCUUCUCCCCCUUGGAAAAGUUCGGACAGAACUUCCUAGAGAAGCUGGUUGGCAUUGAGAUGCCACACAAGAUGCUGGAGAGGGUCACUUUUGUGGACACGCCCGGCAUCAUUGAGAACCGCAAGCAACAAGAGAGAGGCUACCCCUUCAACGAUGUGUGCCAGUGGUUCAUCGAUCGCGCUGACCUGAUCUUUGUGGUCUUCGACCCCACCAAGCUUGACGUGGGUCUGGAGCUGGAAACGCUUUUCCGACAGCUCAAGGGGCGAGAGUCGCAGAUCCGCAUCAUCCUGAACAAAGCAGACAGCCUGGUCACUCAGGACCUGAUGAGAGUCUACGGCGCCCUCUUCUGGAGCCUGGCCCCACUCAUUAAUGUGACCGAGCCUCCCCGCGUCUACGUCAGCUCCUUCUGGCCCCUGGACUACGCGGCCGACACCAACCGGGAACUCUUCAAGAAGGAAGAGAUCUCUCUGCUGGAGGACCUGAACCAGGUGAUCGAGAACCGGCUUGAGAACAAGAUCGCUUUCAUCCGGCAGCACGGCAUCCGAGUGCGCAUUCACGCCCUGCUGGUGGACCGCUACCUCCAGACCUACCGCGAUAAGAUGACCUUCUUCAGCGACCCCGAGCUGGUCUUCCAGGAGAUCCUGGACGACCCGGACAAGUUCUACAUCUUCAAGUCCAUCCUGGCCAAGACCAACGUCAGCAAGUUCGACUUGCCCAACCGCGACGCCUACCGCGACUUCUUCGGGAUCAACUCCAUCAGCAACUUCAAGCUGCUGUCCGCGCAGUGCUCCUACAUGGGAGGCUGCCUGCUGGAGAAGAUCGAGAGGGCCAUCACCCACGAGCUCCCAGGCCUCUUGGGGAGUAUCGCUUCAGAUAGGAACCCAUCUCUAUCGUCCUGCGAAGCCACCGGCUGCGGAGAGAAGCCCAAGAACCGCUACAAAAAGCAUUGAAGAGAGGGAGAGGAGGAGAGGAGAAGGAGAGGAGGACGAGGACGAGGAGCAGGAGGAGAGGAGGAGGGCGGAAACCUAGCUUUUCAGUUCACAAAAAAAUCAUAGGAAAUGCUGUGGCCGUGAAAAUCUUUAAAAAAAAACAAAGUAGAAAAUAAAUAAAUAAAUAAACGACUCCCUCCUCUCUCCUUGUACAGUACGUGCAGCGCAGGACUGGCAUCGACAUGAAAAUUGUGGGGGGAAAAAAAUAACAAUAAAAAUUGAAAAACAGAAAAUAAGAAAACAAAGACUUUCAGUCAAUACCAGCCUUUUUGUUCUGUAAUUUUUUCAGGUGCACAGAUUGUGGUCGUGUAUGCGUGUCAGUAUGCUAGAGCUGUAACUAUUUGCAAAAGCAUCAGUAGAUAUAUCUGGGGUGUCCUUGUAAAUUCAGGGGUGAAAGGGCGGGUUACAGUUUCAAUCCCAUUCCACCCUCAUUCAUAUUCAAGGCUUCAUCUGCAACUAAAGAAAAAGGCCAGUGCUCACCAAGUGCUCAUCAUGUGACAAGGGUUGUCGUUGAAUCUUAUCCAGGUUUAGUAAGCUGUCUACUGCCACGUGUAUCUGUACCUCUUUUUAUAUAGACUCGGCAGUAGUUGAUGUUGUAUUCGGGACAGACCCCUCCGUGCAUCUCUUUUGUUUAGGAUCUCUUUCGGUAGUUCUGCUUUGGGAACAGCAAGCACUCAGAAGGUCUUGCUUGUUGUCUUGCAUUAGAAUGCAAUUUAAAUCAAGAUGUAUCCAGGGUGAAACACAAACUGACCACUGUUCAAUCUUGCAUAUAAAAUAUAUAUAUAUAUAUAUAUAUAUAUAUAUAUAUAUAUAUAUAUAUAUAUAUAUAUAUAUAUAUAUAUAUAUAUACAAAAAUGUAAGAGCAUGUUUCAUUCCUACAGACCAGGUGGUGCUAUUGCUGCCUUUUUACACCGAUGAGGCCUGGGGAAUCUGUAGAAUCCCAGGUAACUGAUAGAAGAGAUUCCUCUGCAGGACCAGUGGCUGAUGCAUUUAAUGCGGGUUUUCAUGUUUGAAGAUUCCCUGGGCCAUGUGGACAGUGUGUGGUGGAGGAGAGGAGAAGGUUUGGGAGGGGAUAGGCAGAAACAGGAGCGCAGGUUGGUAUGUGUAUAAAGGAAAAGGGGAGCGCCGUUUGUAAAUGUAAUUCAUUUAAAAAAGGGAAAGCUUGUUAAAUGACUGAAGGUUGUCAGGUGAGCGUAGAGCUGUCCCGGAUCACACAGCUACUGGUUUACAGUCCUGUAAUCUCAGAGCAGUCUCCUUGCUGCUUUCCGCACUCUCGUGAGCUUCCUGCUGUGUGUAUUCCGCAGGUUUUAGUUUUCUUUCUUCUGGAGAGAAACUGCUUCUUGCCAUUUGUCUUCCUCUUCUUUCUGUUUUUUUCCUUUCCUCCCUCUCUUCUUCAUUUCUUUGUUUGCUUUGUCUUUACCUCCCCUCCCUCUCCCUUCCUUAUUUAUUCUUCUCUAUUUCUUUUCUCCUCACCUCCCAUCCGUGCUUUUUUCUGUUAGCAGUCCACAAAUCUUCUUUCUUGAUUUCUUUCUUUUGCAUUCCUCAUUUUCUUUCUUCCUUCCUUCUGACGUUCAUGGCCCUUUCUACUUUCCCUUUGUCUCUUUUAGACAAUCCCCCUGUUUCCCCCCCCCCACACACACAUAAAACCGUUUCCAUAGAGAGAUCGUUCUUUCUUUCUUUUGUUCUUUCUUUCUUUCUUUCUUUCUUUCUUUCUUUCCCUGUUUCUUUGAUGUUGGUGUGAGCUGUUGUCUAAACCUUGGUGCUUCUGAACACUGGGCAGUUUUGGGAUCUUGGGAUCCUCACCUUUCUGAGGCUCUGGGUAUCUGGUGCAAAUGUUUUAAUUUCUCGGGCGCGGCUGCUGGAUGAUAAAAAGCCUAGAGGCGGACCUGUUUUAGAUGUAAGCUGUGCUGCAGACUUGUGUGUGUGCAUCUGGGAAAACCCUAGCCACUUACUGUUUAGCUCAGAAAGAGUUUUAAUAAAAGGACAUGCUUUUUCAAUGGA